GGUACGAUCCCUUUCGUGCAUUCGCAAACCUUCGUCAAUCCUAGUUCCCCGAAUGCAGCUCUGACAUACCUUAGUCUCGUUUAUAGCUAACCUUUCUACCCUCUGUAUUUACUUACUUGUUCCUUAACCUUGGAAGCGUUUGAGAGACAUCUAGAGCUGGUGUAAACGAACCCGCGAACUUCGACCAGCUAACCUGUUCGAACUAUUAUUAUUUCCCGAAGACGUGUGGAAUCUUUUUUUUUCUUUUCUUCUCAGCUAUUUUCUCUUUACUAGCACAUCGCGAUCUUUAGUCAUGUCCUAGGCGUCUUCAGCAAGCCAACCCUUACCGGGAGUUUAUUUCCAUCAGACGAGAAAACGGCUUGCUUCUAAUUGGGAAUGCGCCAACCAUGGCUGAUGAUAAUCCUAAACUAUUAUCCGGCAGAUCAGACGUGUCGCGGCCUCGUCGGGUCGUAACGGCACCUGUCGAAUGCCCGCCUCCCGCUCCAAAUUCCACUUUACCUUCAUCUUCAUCUACGUCUACGUCCACUUCAUCGUCACGCUCCGAAGACCUAGUCGAGACUCUGUAUAGCCAUCCUUCCGUCAAAAUCAUUGCCUUUACAUCUACCCAGCGUGCCUCCUUCGGUCCGCGAAAAUCCUCUACCGACGUGGACAGACCGGGCACGCUGCCAGCUUCGUCGCGUCUCGAGAGGACGAUCGCCGUUGGCCCGUUCCGCAUUUAUCGUGCCCCGGGAUCCGUCGCUUUUCUUAGUUGCGGCUCGGCCCUGCAACCUAUCUUACCAAAAAGCCAGUGUUGGUGUAUCGAUGAGGAGAAUAGUAGAUUCGUCCUACAAAUACGGCGACCACAAUACUGGAGAAUCGAGCUUCCAGUCUCCGAUCCCGACGACCAAGAACGUGCUUUGCUACUAAGAGAUAUUCUCGAUAAAGCUCUGCUAUUCGAGAAGACAGCAUGUCCCUUCCAGAGAAGUUUCACGGUAGAGCUACCAGAGGAGCUAGAGGUCAAAAAGAAAGCUUGGACGCCCGACGGCAAGAACUUAAUAUCGGACCCAUUUUUACCUAUAGUGUCGCCCUCGCCCAAAGGCUUCGGUGAUCAACGAGCCAACCUUUUAGCCGACCAGAUUGCUUCUUUCAGGAUCGACGUUGGGUCCCUUAAUGAGUUGGAAGAAUCACGGUUCAGAAAGUGGCAGAGCGAGCAGCCGGAAGAACCAGAAGUUAAGGAUGGAAAAGACUAUAGCGCUCGUUACUAUAACAAUUUGAAUGAAUGGCGGAGGGCUGAUGCGGCAUCCGCCGACGCCUUCAAGGAUCUACGUACGGCCCCGAAUGUUGCUACUGCGCCGAGACCGCAACGCAUCGCAGAAGAGUUACCGGAUGAUGUUAGUGUAGGCAGGGAAGAGGUGAUCGUUGAUUCUAGCAAAGAGGAAGAAGCCAUCGAUGAACCUUCUUCCUUCGAAGGGUCCGGUCGCGUAGCUCCUAUGAACCUUACUAGGAAACGAAUGAGUCGGAUGUUGGCUGGUCGCGCCUUUACUGCCCCUCCGCAGUUGACUGUAGUGACAUCGCCCCCCUCCAAGCCGACGCAGGUAUCGAAGGCGACCUCGUCCCGUGCGCCGCCACCUCCUCCACCUCCACCUCAGCCUCAACCUCGACGUUUGGCAUCGGAUGAGAGUUCACCUGUCGGGUCUACAGACUCAUUUCAUAGUACACAGUCGUGGCACUCGCCGAUCGCCCCACUACCCCCGUCGCCUCCAUCAUCACGCCCGGUCACACCGUCUAGAUCUCAGUUUCCCCAUCCUCACGAGAAUAUUGUUAUCCCUCGUCCGUCGUCACAAGGAAGGGACAAUCGGGUGUUUAUGCGUACGCCGGAUACAGAUAGGACAUUCGUCCCAAGUUCCGCAGGGCUUACAGACCAGGCGGACGAGAUAACUUCCCCUCUGUCGCGUUGCCCUCCGGAAAGCGCCGACAAGCUUGCAAGCACAAUAUCCGUCGAUGGGUCCUCAGACGCAUCGCAUACGUCUGCUUUGGAGGAAACGCAAGAAGUUCAGCUGCGGCCGCGGCCACGAAUUAAUAGUUUGUCUUUCAGCCGACCGGCUCUCUCGCCGCUGCCAUCCGCCGUCAAUUUCUUCUCGCCGCCUCAAAGGCAAACUUCUCGCAGCCGCAUGGAUGUCGUCCGUAGACUACCAGGCGCCAUCAUACAGAAGACUGUUGAAAUGCUGCUAGCGCCGCCAACCCACCUCGUAAACUUGAUGCUGAAGGUUGCUGCGAAAAUCGCUUCGGGUGAGUGGCGCGGCCUAGUUUUUGGCUUCGGUGAGGGUGGUGAGAGGAUUCCGGUCCAGUGGGAUUAUUCCGAUGGAGAGUUUAGCGACUGGAGUGACGAUGAAGAUUAUGCUAUGGCGAAGAGCAAGCAGAGUAGCAGCAGUAGCAUACCGCAAACGGCCAACAGUAGCCGGCGCGAUUCAGCGAGGGCCAAGGAUAAUCGUAGCUGGGAAGUUGAUUAACGCGUUGAUUAACGAUACCUUAACUGGCAUGAAAUUUGUACUAUAAUGGGGUGGGUCUAAUGAUAUGGGUUGGCAUGUUCUAUUGCAUGGGAAGGAGGUUGGAGUUAGGGAUACGGGAUACGGCGAAAUCACGACCAUUGUUGACAUGUUCCUUUUCAGAGUUGGGAUUGGACAAAGGAGGACAUCUCAUUUGGAAGGCGGCAUUUGUCUUCUAGUUCUAAU